CCUGUACAACUUGUUCACCGCCACUCCAUACGCAACUUCCAACUCUCCAAACCCUAACCCCUUAUAUAUAUCACACACUUCUCUUUCAGUCCUAAUUCACUCAACUUUCAUCUCAAUUUUACUCUCUCUCUAUCUUUGUACUUUUAUUCUCGAUGUCGAUUGAAGCUUUGAAGUCACCCACGGCGGCGGAGCUACCACCGCUUGAAGAGAUUGAUGAUGAUUCACAUAAUUUGGAUUCGUGGGCUAAAGGUAAACGAUCGAAACGACCACGUAUUGAAAAUCCACCAACUAGAGAUCAGUAUUUAGCGCUCUGUUUGCUUAUGCUCGCUAACGAUGACGGUACUGGAUUCGGGAAAGGAAAAGGAAACGGAACCGGUUCGAUUGGUGUUGAACAACAGGAGAAAAAACCGGACGAGUUGAAGCCGGUUUUUAUUAAAGAGAAAACAGAGCAAUUACUGAAGCCGGUUGUUGUUAAAGAAAAAACAGAGCAAUUAUUCAAGUGUAGCGAGUGUCCUAAAGUUUUUACUUCUUAUCAAGCACUUGGUGGGCAUAAAGCAAGUCACCGUAAAAUUAACGUUCCCGCCACCGGAGACGAUGAUAGCAAUCCGUCGACGUCUACUUCCACUAGCGGCGGCGGCGGCGUUAAUAUCUCUGCUCUGAAUCCAAGUGGCCGUUCUCACGUGUGCUCUAUAUGUCAAAAGGCUUUUCCAACUGGACAAGCUUUGGGUGGACACAAACGCCGCCACUACGAAGGUAAACUCGGUGGUAACAAUCGUUAUAUCGGCGGUGGCGGAGAAGGCGGAGGCGUUCAUAGUGGAAGCGUUGUGACUACAUCAGACGGCGGAAGCGGCAACGGCGGCGGCGGCGGCGCGUCGACUCCGAUUGCGCGUGACUUUGACCUAAACAUGCCUGCCUCGCCGGGAUGGCAAUUGGAUCUGACAAUUGACUGUGGAGGUAGAACUCAACAUCCGAUUGAACAAGAAGUGGAAAGUCCAAUGCCUGCUAAGAAGCCGCGUUUAUUUUUCGAUUGAAAAUUUGAUGAUUGAAUUCUGUUUUAAGUCAAAUUAGUUAAUUGGUUUUUCAUGUGAUAUUAUUUUAAUAUAUACAUUUUAGGAAAAAAAAGUAAAACAUUGAUAAGUACUACUUUUUUUUAUUAUUAUUAUGUAUAGAAACAAACAGUAGGUUAUUCAUUGGUUUUACAUUUUCUAUUGUUCAA